GUUGCAUCUCCGCCACCAGUGCGCGUGCUGACUUUUAUUUUAUUUUUUUUUUCAUCGAUUUUUAUUAAGAAAAAAAAGAAGAAGUGUGCUGCAUGCGUGACUUUACGUUCAGUCUGAAUUUGGCGUGUGUAGUGCUGAAGUCGCGUUUUCGACUUUAUUGUGCUGUCGCUUUAAUUGACGAAUUCACGGCAGCGCGAGACCUCGAGGAGACCCGCUGACUCCCGCUGAUGACCCCGUCGUCACUCGGCGAGCCCUGGCCGUGAAUCAUGUCGCGCCGAAAGCAGAAACGACCUCAGCAGCUCGUUAACGCGGAUCCGGGGGGCACGCGCCUGGUUUCGCAAGAUAAUCAGUUGGCUGUGAAGUCACCAUCAAACUCUCUGGCCUCAGAACCUACCUCAUCUUCCUCAUCAUCUCCAUCCCCUUCUUCCCUCCAGGACUGUCAACCUCCCCUUGCCCCAAGGCCCUCACCUGGUGGCCUGCAUGCCCCUUCCCUUCCUAACGAAAGUUCCUCCCCUCCACACUGGCCUAGCCAUAUUGUUCCCUACACCACAUCUCUUCCCAAUACCCAUUCUUCUCUCUCCCCAGAUUUCCCCCACCCUUCCUUGUCUUCCCAGACUCACUCCCCUCCUCCUGUGCAACAGAACACUUCCCACAUUCCGCUACAUCAGCCUCAUUCCACCAUAUCCUCGCCUCAGAUGGGUAUCUCAGCCACAACCACUGGUUCAUCCUCUGCAUCCUCAUCAUCCCUAAAUGCUAUUUCUCAUGCAAGGAGCCCUAAUUCCACACAACAAACCCCUUCUAGUCUACCAGAGGAGGUUCAUGUGCCACCUACCCUGGCUGUGCUUUUAGAAGAACUUAGGGUUUUGCAACAGAGGCAAAUACACCAAAUGCAGAUGACUGAGGAAAUCUGCAGACAAGUGCUACGUUUGGGUGGAGUAAUCACCAACCAGGGUACAACAUCUAUGGAAACCCCACAAAGAACCUCUGAGUCUCUCUCACCUUCUCUCCCCAAUUCAGGUCCUUCCCAAGCUACAGCCCCUUCUAUAACUUCCUCUCUUCCAACCCUAAUCCCAGAAUCUGUUUCAAACCUCACCAUAUGUAAUACUAAUGGGCACAAAGAUUCAUAUUCCUCUUCAUCAUCCACACCAUCUUCCUCUGCCUCAUCUCUGGUGUCCUCAGGAGCUUCUGUGCUACCUCUUUCUUUGUCAUUGGGUAUUCCCCGAUACCUACAUGAAAAGUCUUCUAACACAUCAUUGAGCCAGGGCAGUGCUGUUAGUUACCAAACUCCUUCUCUGCUCACCUCUAGUACUCAGGAGCAACUGUCACUCAGCUCUGCUGUGGGAUCCUCAGCUGGAUCAUUGAGCAACUCAACUGGGCGCCAGCAGCAUGUCUGUCGAUUUUGUGGUAAAGUUUUGAGCAGUGACUCCUCCUUACAGAUUCAUCUGAGAUCCCAUACAGGUGAAAGGCCAUACCAGUGUCCUGUCUGUCUCAGUCGCUUCACUACACGUGGGAAUCUUAAGGCCCACUUUCUGCGGCACCGUGAGCAGAACCCAGAGCUGUCACUAUCCCUACUUCCACCUGCUCUGUCAGAGCAGAACCAGUCAGGAUCUGGGCUUGUGGCAGUACAGAGACGCAGAAAACGCCGUGCAGAAGAUGAUGAGCCUUUUGCAGUUAAAGGUGGUGUGAGUGUCUCAGAUGGCUUAGCCCUUGGCUUUUUAUCUGGUUCAUCUUCUCGCAUGUCUUCUUCUUCCCUGCCACUCCCUCCCAGUGUAGAUUUGGCUCUCUUGUCCACUGCCCAUUCCCUGCUACAGCUCAAUCGUGCAUCUGCCUCAACAGUGGCAUCUGCUUCAGCUAGUAUACAGUCUUCUUCUGCAUCUACUACCCCCUCUUCUUUUUCAUCUGCUUUAACAAACCAGUUUAAAGGUGCUAAGCAACAGAGAUUUGAUGAAAAUACCCCUCCACACUCCACCAUACAUCCCACUUCUCCAUACUCCCAGCUAGCCCACCUCCCCAAGAUCCUGUUUCCUGCAGGUCCCUCUCCUCAUCACCCUAGUCUGGCCCUCCUUCGGCCUCCUCAUCUUCCGUCUCCCCAACACCAGCUCACUUUUCCCUUUUCCCCUUACCCAAAACCUCAAUCUUCAUCACCCUCCUCCUCAUCUCCAUCGUCUUCAGCUGCUACUUCUGACACCUGCAAGCUCCAGAGACUGGCACAAAAGCUGGAGAAGCAACCUCCAUCAAAACCCUUCAACGAAGACCAAACUAAUGGCAGUACUCAAGCUAAGCAUGAUGUUUCUACCACCACAACCACCAAUACUAUCUCAGAAUAUAGGAGGGAGAUGAUGACAGCCCUGGGUCUAAAUCCUAAUCCCAACAGCGAUCUGAGCACCCAGAGCAUCUCUGGAUCAGUUCCCUCUCUACCAUCUCUGGUGCCUAACCAAUGUGGAGUUUGUCUGCGUGUGCUAAGUUGUCCCAGAGCACUUCGUCUUCAUCAGGCUACUCACCUUGGUGAACGUCCUUUUCCUUGCAAGCUUUGUGGUCGCUCUUUCUCAACUAAAGGAAGUCUAAGGGCUCAUCUGGCCACUCACAGAGCACGUCCACCAAAUACACGAACACAGAAUUCUUGCCCACUUUGCCAGCGUAAAUUCACCAAUGCUGUGGUACUGCAGCAUCACAUUAGGAUGCAUCUAGGGGGGCAGUUGCCACCAGAGGGCAAUGGCGAUCUGGGAACGGAGGAACAAGCUGAUCAAAUGGGCAGUGUCAUACUGCCAAAGUCUAUCCAAUCUCUUCCUCUUAAUAUGAGUGUUUCUUCUUCUAUUGCGAGUACACUUCAGUCAAGCACUGCUUUAAGAACUAGUACAUCACCUGAUGCGAAACAAGCAGAAGGUUCUGAAAAAGAUGCAUGUAACAUACCUGUUAAUCAAGAAAAUCAGACACCUGACCAAGUCUCAGAGAAGCAAGAUCCCACUAGCCCAUUUACCAGUGAUGGCACAUCUGCUAACUCCUCUCCUUUAAAAGAAGAUCCUGACAAUGAUACAAACCCAUGCGGUGUUAGUGAUUAUAGUCUCAGUGCUUUCAAAGCUCUUCAUAGUAAGCCUCAAACUUGUCCUGUAGUAAGUAAGACUAAGGAGGAUGAUGAAAACAUUCCUCUCUCACUCUGUAUCAGAACAAGUGCACAGGAUUACACAGGACCGUCUCAUCUGGUGGUCAGUGAACCAAAAUCCAAUCCUGCUACAGCUCUUGAUCAUGCCCCAUCACUCACACCACCCUCCAGCCCAUCCCAUCAGCCUAAGCAGGAGCUCAGAGGAACAAAGAAGGCAGUGCCAGGUAAUGGAAAAGGGAUGGAUCCUGAGCUCAGUGAAGAAGGUGAAUUGCCCUCAAUAGUCUUUAACAGAGCACCUGAAGAGGCGAGUGAGAACACAAUACCUUGGGAUGCUCAAGAUUCCAAAAGGAAGGAAGGGGUUAUUAAACCCAUAGAGAUAAAUCAUGGAAAUUGGGGUAAAGAUGAAGCUGAAAUUGAUACUACCCAAGUAGCAACUCCAACAGUUCCAACACAACCUGCUCGUUCUGAGAAACCCUACAGCUGUAUGCAUUGUGGCAAAGAAUAUGCCAGCCGCAGUGGACUAAAGGGACACAUGAAAACCCAUAGUGCAGGAACAACCAAUGAGCUGAAUGCAUCAGUUGUUCCACAGUCUUCAGAGGGAAAUUAUAAAGACACAGUGGAGGCUGGUCCUAAUGUUUCCAGUGGCAACCUGCAAGCAGACCUAGAAAAUGCGAUGGAAAAGACUUCAGAAAAAUUGUCUUUAACAGAUGAUUCACCAGCUGGUUCAGCAGAUGGAGGACAGGAACCUGAUGACCGGGCCUAAAAGAAUAUAAAAGAAUGCAGAGGCGUAAUGUUUGUUUUUAAUCAGACAUUUUUUAUUAUUCUGGUGUUAGAAUUAGCUCUUAAACCUGUGGUAUUGUAGAAUAAUAGUGAUUCUGUUAACAUGGUAAUAUUAGUGCCUUUUUCUGAAAGCAAGGCAAUGUUGUUGUACACAAAGCCGCUUGAAAUCAGAUUUCAACAUUCUUAGAAUCAGGAUCAAUUCUUGAUAAAGUGGUAGUAUUUGUAUAUUACAAAUUGUACAAUAUGUUGAUUUCUGACAAAUAGAUAUAAUGCCAGCAUAAUUAGUGUUAAUUGAAGACGAGGGAUUCGUAUACCAUUUCAUAUCAUCGACACUGGUCAACUCUGUAGAGGUCCAAUGUUUUAUUUCUUUUCUUUAUUGGUUUUCUCUCCCCUUACUGUGAUCAUAAUGCUUCUGUAUGUACUGGGCAGUGUUCUAUGUAACAGUGCUGCUGUCAACAUUUAUUCAUUUGGUUUGAUUUCAGUAAUGUUACACUGUAAGAUUUAGUGAGCCAGGUCUUAUUAAAAUAUACUUAUAUUAUUCUGUACCAAUAGUGCACUCUCAGUAUGUCUCAGUAUGCAGUUAUUUUCACUGGAUUCAGUACUUUUUCCAUGUCCAUAUUUUUACUUUAGUAAUGUUCAACGUUAUCCAGUUGAUGUAGUUGGAUCAAAGUUAGAACAUAUACACAAGAGCGGUUUUUGGAAGCAUGUUUGACUUGAUGAUGAAAAUGGUUAUUGUUAAAGGCAGAGCGAUGACCUGAUGACCUCUAUCUACAAGCACCCUGAUUUCAUUCAUAGUCAUUUAAUUAGUUUGCCCAAGAUGGACAUUUAUUUUCUCUCUUUGAGUUACGUGAGAAAAAUGCUGCCCUUUGUCAGUGCCUCUAUUUUGCUCUGACCUCUUUGCUCACUUGAUUUUUUUUUUUUACUUGGUGUGUUCCCCAUCGCUGUUGCCUUUAAAUAUUUUUUACUUAAUUGUUUUACAGGUUAGGAAUAAAAGCCGAAUGAAUGUCACGUCAUUCAGACAAA